UACUAUUCAUAGUUAAUGUUAAAAAAUAAAUGUAAAUACUGCCCGUCUCCCUUAUGCUUCUUCCCCAUACAAGGAGAAGAAGAAGAAGAAGCAUUUGACUUUCUUGUGGACUCCAUUUUUGUCUACAACUUAAAUAUUAUUGUUAUUCUUUGUCUUGUUUUACUGUAUGCCGUAUGGAUCUGCUUGUGUCGGUUUGCUUUCUGAAAAACUCUCCACUCCCAACCAAGACUUUGGAUUUGAGGCAGGCAAGCCCACAGCUGCCAAGGGACGAGAGAUCGGAGAAAAGUGGCAGAUCAAUUAUGUCUCCUUCCAAUCCAAGGUCGGUCGAGAAUACUGGAGGAGGCGGCGGCGGCGGCAAUAAUUACAUAGAGCACCAAGUCUCCAAGAUGGACACACUCGCCGGCGUUGCCAUCAAAUACGGCGUCGAGAUGGUAAACACUAAACAGGUGUGUGACAUUAAAAGGAUGAAUGGGUUUGCUACAGAUCUUCAAAUGUUUGCUUUGAACACCUUGAAAAUACCUUUGCCCGGAAGACAUCCUCCCUCUAUUCCUUCUCCAACCACAACCACCGCCUCAAGAGAAAACGACACUGAAAAAUCCACUCCUUGUCUUGGCCAAUCUAUUGGUUCAAAACCUCCCAAAGAGAAGAAGGUCACUACAGCAAUGAGCACUUUACAGAAAUACUAUGGUCUAAGAUCUCCGAAUUUGAAGGGAAAAGCGCAAGGCAUGGAGAUGGCUGUCUACAGAAGUCGAAGUUCUGAAUCCUUUGAUCAAAGCGCGGUCUCACCAUUGUCUGACCCUCUAAGUCACCCUAACAAGUCCAGACAUUCUUCCAUUGAUCUCUUGUCUGAGAAUGGUGCAAUGGCUGAUUACCUUGCAGCACAACUUGGAGAUGGGCAGGGUGAGAAAUCUGAUGACAAAUCAGUCCGGAGGCGUCAGAAAGCUGAAGUUGAUGAUGGGGCAGUCACACCAGAAAGGUUGUUAAAGGGGGAAAACAGUGGUGGGACCAGAGCUUCAACAGGAAAUGGUUUAGCCAUGAGGCAGAAAUCAUCAAGCCGAGCAUCGUUGCAAUCUGAUUCAGAUUCAGGAUGGCUGAACUCUGUUCCGGUGGGAAUGGGGGAUUCUAUCACUAUCAUGACAGACGACAUGGCUGUGGUUCGCAAGUCAUCAAGCACACCGAGCUUAAAAGACCAAGACAGUAAUAACACGGUAUCAAUUUGGCCAACUUCAAGGUGGAGCUUGACACAAGACCUUCAAGCUCUCUCAACUGCAACGAUGGCCAGACCAAUCUUUGAUGGCUUACCAAAGCCAAUAACUGGCCGCUGGAAAAAAGCCCUUGAUUAGAGAAAUUCAUUAGCACCAUGAUAUCAUGGAUUUGUUUCCUUACACUCGAUCCAGUUGGCUGAAAGUUACUCAGCUACAGAUUCCGCCCAAAGGCAUACAUAUUCUAGAGCUGGUGCAGUAUUAUAAUUCUAGCGGGAGAAACAUACCUGAGAAGGAGAGAGGGUAGGAGAUUACAGUGAAUAAGAGAUGACGUACGUGCAGCAAUGUGUUAAUAACAGCACUUAAAAGUGAAACAGUGGAUGCCAUGCCGCAUCUUGAGAAAUGGAGAUGGUAUUGGUACACGACCAAAUUAUUUAUUGUUUUUUUUCUUGGUUGCUGUCAUGUGUUCUUGAACCGGGUCAUGCUAUAUAUUACUUGUUGUAUAAUGAUAAUGAAUGUGAGGCUGUGCAUUACAGCAGAAUUGUUUGUUGCUUAUUGGCAAUGCAAAUUGAAUUUGUUAGCACAAAA